AUGUCACGCUCUUUAUCUCUGGCUCUUGUUUUGCUGUGUCUUUACAACCUCUCUUUCUUAGAGGCAAUCAAUGGUGGGUUUAGUGUGGAGAUGAUCCACCGUGACUCAUCAAGAUCACCAUUCUUUCGUCCCACAGAAACUCGAUUCCAAAGGGUUGCCAACGCCAUGCGUCGUUCCAUUAACCGUGCCAAUCAUUUGAACCAAUCUUUUGUCUUUCCAAACUCACCUAAGACCACUGUUAUAUCAGCUCUAGGUGAAUACCUCAUGAGCUAUUCAGUUGGAACCCCAUCACUCCAGGUCUUUGGAAUUGUUGAUACGGGUAGUGACAUCAUUUGGCUCCAAUGCCAACCAUGUAAAAAAUGCUACAAACAAACCACUCCUAUAUUUGAUUCUUCAAAAUCCCAAACAUACAAAACCCUACCUUGCCCUUCUAAUACAUGUCAAUCUGUUCAAGGAGAUCUUAGUGUGGAGACUCUCACUUUAGGCUCCACCAAUGGCUCUCCUGUCCAAUUUCCUGGAACUGUGAUAGGAUGUGGGCGUGACAAUGCUAUUGGCUUUGAAGAGAAAAAUUCCGGCAUCGUUGGCCUAGGGCGCGGACCCGUGUCCCUUAUAACUCAAUUGAGUCCUUCAAAAGGUGGGAAGUUUUCUUAUUGUUUGGUACCAGGGCUGUCUACUGCAUCUAGCAAACUCAAUUUUGGAGAUGCUGCAGUGGUUUCCGGGCGUGGGACCGUCUCAACCCCGUUAUUCCCGCAAAAUGGACUAGUAUUCUACUUCCUAACCCUAGAAGCAUUCAGUGUAGGACGCAAUAGAAUAGAGUUUGGAAGCCCUGGAUCUGGUGGAAAGGGAAAUAUCAUAAUUGACUCAGGUACAACGCUCACUGUUUUGCCAAAUGGUGUUUACUCAAAGUUGGAAUCAGCAGUAGCAAAGACAGUGAAAUUGCAGCGUGUUAGGGAUCCAAAUCAAGUGUUGGGUCUUUGCUACAAAGUUACACCUGAUAAACUAGAUGCAAGUGUACCAGUGAUCACGGCACAUUUUAGUGGUGCAGAUGUCACUUUAAAUGCUAUCAACACCUUUGUUCAAGUGGCCGAUGAUGUAGUGUGCUUUGCUUUCCAGCCAACUGAAACUGGUGCCAUCUUUGGGAACUUGGCUCAGCUAAACCUCUUGGUUGGUUAUGAUCUCCAAAAGAACACCGUGUCCUUUAAGCACACAGAUUGCACUAAGCAAUGA